ACACACGCCCCGUUACGUACUGACGCAUAAAUGUGACACGUGAUGCAAGUGACGUAGUUACGCAGCGCAUGCUUUGUAACCCCAGGCGCCCAUUGAACCAAGGCAAAGCCAAGUUCGUUGAAGAAGCCUGAGCGGAGAUGUAUCGUCCCAAACCGACGCUGCGGGACCGGCAGCACCUGUACCGGCUGAUCAUCAGCCAGUUGCUGUAUGACGGUUACACCAACAUCGCCAACAACCUCAUCACAGAGGUGAAGCCACAGAGCGUCGUGUCGCCCUCUGAGAACCUCAUGCAGCUGGCCAAGAUAGGCAUGGAGAACGAUGACAGCGCAGUGCAGUAUGCCAUCGGGCGGUCUGACACGGUGGCACCAGGAGUUGGCAUCGACCUGGAGUUUGACGCUGAUGUCCAGUCCAUGUCCCCCGAGGCGUCUGAGUACGAGACUUGUUACGUGACGUCACAUAAGGGUCCGUGUCGCGUCGCCACCUAUAGCCGGGACGGGCAGCUCAUUGCUACGGGCUCUGCAGACGCCUCCAUCAAAGUCCUGGACACAGAGCGUAUGCUGGCCAAGAGUGCCAUGCCCAUAGAGGUGAUGAUGAAUGAGACGGCCCAGCAGAACAUGGAGAACCACCCUGUGAUCAGAACACUGUACGACCACGUGGAUGAGGUCACGUGUCUGGCGUUCCACCCCACGGAACAGAUCCUGGCGUCUGGGUCACGUGACUACACCCUCAAACUGUUUGACUACUCCAAGCCCUCUGCCAAGAGAGCCUUCAAACAUGUACAGGAAGCGGAAAUGCUGCGGGCCAUCUCCUUCCACCCGUCAGGAGACUUCCUUUUGGUGGGGACGCAGCACCCGACCCUCCGCCUCUACGACGUUAACACCUUCCAAUGCUUCGUCUCCUGCAACCCUCUAGACCAGCACACCGACACCAUCAGUGGGGUCAACUACAACCCUAAUGCUAACAGCUACGUGACGUGCAGUAAGGACGGCAGUAUCAAGCUGUGGGACGGCGUGUCCAACCGCUGUGUCAUGACGUUUGAUAAGGCUCAUGACGGGGCAGAGGUCUGUUCCGCUGUCUUCUCCAAGAACUCCAAGUACGUCCUCUCCACCGGGAAAGACUCUGUCGCCAAACUGUGGGAGAUCUCCACCGGGCGCCCCCUGGUCAAAUACACAGGUAACUCCUUACCCUAACCCCUUACCACAGACACUAGCCUUGACCCCUUACCCACAGACACUAGCCUUGACCCCUUACCCCCAGACACUAGCCUUGACCCCUUACCACAGACACUAGCCUUGACCCCUUACCACAGACACU